GGCCUCUCUCAGACCUUUCUCCGAAGUACCUGAAGUCAAUGAAGUUUUACCCCAGAACUACACACCGAUUAGCCUGCAUAUAGUAAAGAGAUAUACAAACGAUAAGAAUAUUCUAAACGCCAUUAAAAUCCACAACUCGAUGGGUGACUAUGAUCUUGACCUCAUAGUGAUUUCAAACUUUAAUAACUAUGAGAGGAAGCAAUUCAUGAAGUUCUUACUAUGCUUCGGAGUGGAUGUAAAUGACCCAGACUAUCUGUACAAGAAGAUAUCCUCUUCAGCCCAUCAUCAAAAUACAUUGAGGUAUAAACGUCAGUUUGACUUUUACGAGUACACGUCCUUCAUUUGUACUUUGAUAGUGACCCUAACUCUCGACCCAGACAUAGAUAAGCCUUGUUUUCUACUAAACUGGAUGAGUCCUUCAAGUCUCCUAGAGCAUUUCAAGAAUCUGUACCUUCUGAGGGCUACUUUUGAGACUUUCCAGGAAGAGCCCAGUAACUUCAUCCUUCCUGAUCAGGAGUACUACACAAGUUUUACUAAGAAAUGGAACCCGUACGAUGACUUCUUGCUUCUGACCUUUGUGUUUGAGUACGGGUACGGGAAUUAUUCUAAAAUAGCUGCUUCUCCAAGAUGGAUCCUCUCCAGCACCUCUGAACAGAUUUGGAACCUAACCAGUAAUGGAAGCUUGAUUCAGCAAAAAUGGGUACAAGAGAAAGAGCUGGUGUCUAGCCAACACUUGCUUGCAAAUAAGACUGGCUUAUCUGUAGAUAGAGUUCAAGAAUUCUUGGAGCAAAGAGUCCAGUUCAUCCUAAAAGUCCUGAAGAGGCUGUAAAUUUUUAGGAAUUCAAGCAUAUAAUUUUGAUUAAAAGUUUGGU